AGUCACUUUCGCAUUCUACACCUGACUGGAUAAUUUGCAGACAAAUCAAACUCUAGCAUCACCACAUACCGGCAUUUGAAUUAUUGAACAAUUAAAUUUAAUUUAGUGUUGUACUGUGCAAAAUAAUUAAAAUUUGUUAUCUUAACCAGACAUCGAGAUGAGUAGCAGAAAACAGAGCUGGAAGGACCUGGAGCCACCUUCUGAAACAGACGGUCAAUCGGUGGCACCUAGUGACUUAGCACAUGCGGAUUCGAACAAACGAAUUAAAUAUGGAAAACCCGUACAGGCCGCAAUGGGACUAUUCGAAGAGUACUGUGGUUCAAGUACGGUUCAUGGUGUUAGAUAUUUUACCGAAAAAAAGCGUCAUUGGAUGGAAAGGCUUUGGUGGAUACUAGCCUUUGCAUUGGCAUUGUUUUAUUGUGGUAAAUUAAUUCAAAAUGUCUACAUUAAGUGGGAUCAAAGUCCGGUUAUUGUAAGUUUUGCUGAGAAAUCAACACCAGUAUGGGAAAUACCGUUUCCAGCUGUGACAAUCUGCCCCGAAACUAAAGCCAAUAUGUCACAACUAAAUUUUACUCAUGUAUAUCACCAAAUAGCAGCCACGUUGAAGCCUCCAUUUAACAUUACUGACGAGGAGGACGAAUUAAUGGCGGCUGUGGUUCAAAUUUGUGACUCACAUUUAACAGAUGGUUUCGAAGUCGGUACAAAUUUUACGAAUAGCUCGAUAACAGAUUUACUGCGAGAUACUGCUCCUAGUUCUAACGACACACUGUUUAUCUGCAAAUUCAGAAACACUGUUGACUACUGCCAGAAAUACUUUGAAGAAAUUAUGACCGAAGAAGGGCUAUGCUUUACUUUCAAUGUACUGAACGGUUCGGAGCUGUAUAACGAAGACCUUAGUCCCGAUUACACGCGAAUCGACCACAACAUGUCUGCAAAGUUUUGGAACCUAGAAGAUGGAUAUGACACUUCGAUCGAAAUAGACCCACAAACAUAUCCGUACCGCGUAUUUGGUUCUGGUGCACGAGUCGGUCUUUUCGUUCUAUUGAAAUUGUACGAACAAAAUUUGGAAUACAUCUGUCGUGGUCCGGUACAAGGAUUCAAAAUUUUAUUACACACACCCGGUGAAGUCCCACAGGUGUCGAAACACUAUUUCAGAGUGCCAUUGCUGCAGGAGGUUUUAGUGUCAGUAAAGCCAAACAUGAUAACUACAUCGGAAGGACUGAGACAUUAUGAACCGAACAGGCGACAGUGCUACUUUGCAUCGGAACGAAAGCUGCGCUUUUUGAAAGUGUACACUCAAAGAAAUUGUGAAUUGGAAUGUCUAGCGAACUUCACAUUGCAGGCGUGUGGAUGUGUCAAAUUCUCCAUGCCAAGGGAUAAGGAUACACCAAUCUGCGGAGCUGCGAAAAUCGCUUGUUACAAUGAAGCAGAAGACAAUUUGUUAAAGGAACAAUUUACUGAAGGAUUGACCCUUGAGCCUGGCGCGGAAAGAGUGAAAGCCUGCAAUUGUUUACCUGCUUGCACUUCGAUAACAUAUGAUGCGGAAAUUUCACAAGCUCCAUUUGAUUGGGUGUCUUUGUUUAAUGCUUACAACAGUCCUUUGGACGAAUUUCCAGGCAUGCAACCCGCCCGAUUGUCGAUCUUUUUCAAAGAAAAUCAGUUCAUCACCUCGAAGCGUUCGGAAUUGUAUGGUCCAACUGAUUUUCUGGCUAAUUGCGGUGGUUUGCUUGGACUUUUUAUGGGUGCAUCAUUUUUGAGCAUUGUCGAGCUAUUAUACUUUUUCUCAUUACGAUUGUGUUGUAAUUUACGUUCGCGCAUGCAUCGAAAGAGAAAGAACAAAAUUGCCGACUCAGCCGUACCAGGAAUCGUUGUCGUUAAGCCAAAUGACGAUGAUAAGAAGGAGUAGAUAAAAUACGAAUUAAAAACACAAUUUUCUUCCAAUAUUUUUGUCUAGAGUUUUCAAAAUAAAAGUUGCAAUUUCCAUGUUAUCUUC